AACAAAACUAAAAUAGUUCUUACGUUAUUUUUAUCAGAUAUUAUUUAUAACAUUUGAGUUUUAUUUGGGACAUGUGAAGUGACAUUUGGACUGUGAUAAAGACGACACAGAAAAGUUAUAUUAUUGUUAAGGAGAGUACUACGGCUACUACACAAUCUUGAUUCGUAGACAUCAGACAUUUUUUGUUAUGGCAGAUGAUUCAGCUGACAUGCAUGUCGCGGCACUAGGGCGAAAGUUUAUCGGCAAGGUGGCAAGCUACAUUAAACCAAAUACGCAUGAAGCCUCAUCACAGGCCGUUGUUAUGGAUCUGGCGGAUGAAUACGACUUUAGCCACCGGUCACGUGGUAUCGCUGUGAUCAUCACAAACAGCAAGUUCGAGGCCACCACCCAGCGAGCGGGUGCGGAAAAUGAUACACAGCUUUUCAAGGAAGCCUUUAAACAUCUCGGAUUUACAGACAUACGUGUUGCUCAGGAUUUGACGGCCAGUGAGAUGAAGUGGGCCCUGGAAUCCAUUGCUAAAGACAAAAAUGUCCUACAAAAUUCUGACUGCAUAGCCAUUGCCUUUUCUUCUCAUGGAGAUGAACAGAUGUAUAUUCGGCAUGAUAAUGCAAGUGUCCGGGAAGACACCAUCUUUGGUACUGAUGUUCCCAUUCGGACGGUAGAACUCAUGGAAAUUUUUAGUGACUUUCAAUGUCCAGAGCUUAUUGGAAAGCCCCGCUUAGUCUUUGUCCAGGCGUGUCGUGGCCAGAAGCUGGACCGAGGUGUUGAAGUCGUGAAGGAUAUGGAUGUAACAGAUUCCAUCAUGGAUGUGACAGUGUCUCCAGCUCCAUGCUUUAAAGACUUUCUUGUCAUCUAUGCAACACCCCCAGGUCACUUUGCAUUCCGAAGACCGGCGGAAGGGUCGUGGUUUGUGAAAUGUCUCGCCGACAUCAUGAAACUGGCUGAUGUGGAGAAGAUGUCUCUCACCAAGAUAUUGACGCGGGUGGUCAGCAAAGUGGCGCUGGAGUACCAGUCUGGACACAGUGACCCACGGCUCAACGCAAAGAAACAGUCGCCUUGUUUUUACUCCAUGCUCACCAAAGACGUUUACUUCAGAGCAAAGCAUCAACAUAAAGAAGAACCUAUGAUAGUGGAUUGAUCUUUUUUCUUCUUUUUUUAAAUAUAAAAUAAUUUUAUUGAUAGUGACUGUUUUUAUCAACACUUUCAAGAGUGUACAAACCAUAUGCUGGAUGUGGGGAGGGUGUUAUUGCCAGAAUAUGCUUAUAAAAUGGGGAAAAACAAUGUCAAUAAAAGCAGCCUUCAUAAGAUUUAUAUUUUUGAUGAGAGAUGGUAGCAAAAACCCUAAGAGUAUGCUUUGUACAUAAUGGUCCAGUAUUAAAGGUAUGUUUAAAAAAGUUAUUGCUAUCCAAAAAUAAAUUGUUAUACCUAUUGUUUUACAAGAAGGCAGGAUUGAGCUCAUAUGUGUUCGAGUUGUAAGAUCAAACACCCGUGGCAGGGUUUUUCAAUAUAUCAAAUAUCAAAGGCUGUGGUAUGUCCUGUCUGUUGCUACUAUUGGCGAAAAUGUAGCAAGUUUCUCUUGAAGAGUACCAGUAUGUCAAAAUUACCAAAUAUUUGACAUUUUAAAAGCCAAUAACUAAUGAGCAGUGAACAUUUUGUUCAGUAUCUUGAAGUAAUUCGCUACACAAAUUUCAGAGAUUGCUACACAGUUUUUAAACAUUAAAACAGUAGUUU